AUUGUGUUUAUUUUUGACAGUGACAGUAAAAUGCCGAUUGUUUUCGUAUUACAAGAAGUGUUAAAACCUGCUAAUUAAGUGAAAAUGUGUAGUCUUUAAUAAUAAAUGUCAUUAUAGUCCCCGUUUACACCUCAAUUUCAAGUUUUCUUCCUACGAUCAAAACAAGACAAUUAAAAAUGGCCGAUGUUCGCGAUAUUAUGGAGCUGGAGCAUCCAGCGAGCCAAGAGGUGACUCGAGAGUCAAUCAUUGGUUCAGACAAGCAGAGGAAGCGGCCCCCAACUACUACAAAAACCCAGAAAAGGCCUGAGGGAAUGCACCGUGAAGUUUUCGCCUUGUUGUACAAUGAUAAUAAGGACGUUUCUCCGCUUUUUCCGUCUGAUACAGGACAUGGGUAUAAACAAACGAAAAUUAAGUUGGGCAUGAGGAAACCGAGAAAGUGGAAGUGGGUGCCGUUUACGAACCCGGCAAGGACCGAUGGGGCGGUGUUUCAUCACUGGAGGAGGCCGUCCGACGAACCUAAGGAAUAUCCUUUUGCCAAGUUUAACAAGAAAGUUGAUAUUUGUACAUACACUGAUGCCGAAUACCAGCAGCACUUAAGAGUUGAUGGUUGGACCAAGGACGAAACUGACCACAUGAUGCAACUGGCACAGAGAUUCGAUCUCAGGUUUAUCCUAAUGGCUGAUAGAUAUGACACUGAAAAGUUUCCGAAAAGAUCAGUGGAGGAUAUUAAAGACCGUUACUAUAAAAUUUGCGGCAUCAUGAGCAAAUUAAGAGGGGAGAAAAAAAUUUAUACCUACGAUGUUGACCACGAAAAACGACGGAAAGAGCAGCUGAAGAAGCUCUACGACAGGACUCAGGAACAAAUUGAAGAGGAACAGUUCUUGCUCCUGGAGUUGAAAAAGAUCGAAGCUAGGAAGAAGGAGCGCGAGAGAAAGACACAAGACUUGCAAAAAUUGAUCAGUCAGGCGGACAGUCAGAGUGAAACUCCCCGAAAAACGGACAAGAAAUUGCCCAAGAAAAAAAUCGCGAACCCUUCAAGACCCUCGCGCGUUGACACAGCGCAUAUUUUACAGGCUGUUGAGACCGCAGGUAUCAAAUUCCCCGAUUACAAAAACAGCGGCGUUUCCCUAAGGUCGCAACGAAUGAAACUGCCGGCAAAUGUGGGCCAGAAAAAAUCGAAAGGAAUCGAACAAAUGUUGCAAGAAAUUGGUUUAGAAUUAAAUCCGAUUCCUACAGAAGAAAUCUGUCAAAAUUUCAAUGAGCUGAGGAGUGAUAUGGUCCUCUUGAUGGAAAUUAAAUCAGCUUUGAGUACCUGCGAAUUUGAAUUACAGUCCUUGAGACAUCAGUAUGAGGCGUUAAAUCCCGGGAAAACACUGACGAUCCCGCCGCAGUUAAUCUCUAAUUUGGAUCUCGAAAAUAAAGCUGGAACGGGGGAGAUUAUAGAUGUCGUGGGGUCUCCGAGCACCCCUACAUCUUAGUAUAAUAUAACAAAAUAAUGUAAUAUUAAGGUUUGAAUAAACAUUUAAUUUCA